GAUGAUGAUGAUGGAGGCGACGGAGGUGACGGAGGUGACGGAGGCGACGGAGGAGGCUGUGGUGCCGAUGGCGGUAAUGGUGUCUGCGAUGUCGGAGGAGGCUGUGGUGCCGAUGGUGGGGAUGCUGGAUGUGAUGGACUUAACGAAGCCCCUACUCUUGAAGAUAGACCGGGCGGUCUUCUUGGUUCGGUUUGUUCUACCUGCCCAUCGUUCAUCUCUCGAACUCAAUCCGUCUGUGGGUCUGAUGGCACCAGCUUUAGCAAUCUUUGUGAGCUUAGAAGCUCGGCAUGCAAGACAAAAGACAACACCCUCAAAUAUGUCAGCGAUGGGAACUGUGCCGGAAGCCUUCUAAUGCGACCGCAACAAAUCUAGACACGAAGAGGCCAGCGGUGGAUCGUAGCCUCAUCUCAACAUCCAACGUUGAUGGCAGCAGAGGUGAUUCCCAAAAUUAGUCCUCCUCGAAAAGACCUCAUCGAUUUUACACGCAGUACAGAAAACAAAAAUAAUUAUGCUAUGACACGGAGUGGUGAAUGGAAGCAGUGACCUU